AUGCGUCGACUCGGACCUCGAAUGCUCCUCGAACGGCUCCAUCGUGCGAACCGGUUGUUGCGGACUCACAGCGCCGAUGAAAGUGUCGGACGCAGCCCGUCUGCGGCUGCCAGCAGUCCUAGUUCCACACAGGGAAAGCUGAUACUCACGAACGAGCGGAACGCACGUUUCGUCGACAAUGACCUGUGGAACUCGGUUGGAGGCGAGCUCCUGGAAGCCCAUGAGACCAACUACGAAGAGCAUUCCGAGACCGACAGUAACAAUGAUCCAAUCGACGACAGCUAUGACCUUAUACUCGAGCUAUAUUCCACCGGACGUACUAGCAUUGUCACCCUGCACCCACCAGCCAGUGACAUUUGGAAGCUCUGGCGCGUCUAUCUCGACAACGUCAAUCCACUGAGCAAGCUAGUCCAUCGCCCAGUAACCGAGAAGCUUAUUCAGAGAGCUUGUGAAGACGUAAGGAGUAUCGACCGGGCAAGUGAGGCCUUGCUCUUUGCCAUGUACUUCACAGCGGUCGGAAGCCUAAGUCCGGAUGAGUGCCAAAAUCUACUUUCAGACUCAAAAUCGGUUCUGCAAAAGAGAUAUCGCUACGCCUGUAGGGGUGCGCUGGCUAGAGCCAAGUUCCUCAGGACUUCUGACUUGCGGGUGCUUACUGCUUUUGUGAUUUAUCUGCUAUCAGCGCGCACUAAUAUAGACGGCCGCACUUUAUGGUCUCUGACAGGUGUGGCCAGUCGAAUCGCCCAAGGACUAGGACUUCAUCGCGACGGGGUUUCGUUGGGAUUACCAGUAUUCGAGACCGAGAUGCGACGUCGAUUGUGGUGGCAGAUACUCUGGCUAGAAUUUCGCUCUGCCGAGAAAACUGGCUCGACCCAGCUCGGCGAGUUCUACCAUUUUGAGACUAAGCCUCCUCGCAAUGUCGACGAUAUUGACAUCUGGCCUGGCCAGACAGAAGAGGAGCUUGAAGAGGUGAUGAGUCGGCGGGGCGAGGAUCGUGCAACCGAGAUGAUCAACGUAGCGCUACGUUGCGAGAACGGAAACUUUUGGAAGGAACGUAUGACGAAGGGCUCGACGCCGGCCCCAGGCUUAAACUAUGCUCCCAACGCCCCCCAAGAAGAUCCACGACACAAUGACGACUUGAUCGACGAGCUCGAGAAUCGUGUGCAAGAUAGAUUCGUCCGCUACUGCGAUCCGUCGGUACCACAAGAACUUCUCGCCAUGAUCCACAUCAGGGGGGCUGCGGCGUAUAUGAGGCUCAUGGCACACCACCCAAAGCAAUGGAAGGGCCACACCCCGAUACCCGAGGAGCAAAGACGGCGACUAUGGGGCUGGGCAGUGAAGAUAAUCGACCUGGAUCUCUUACUCUGCACCACACCAUCCUUACAACGCUUCGCAUGGCAUUCGAAUGAAUACAUUCAAUGGCAGGCACUCGUCUACUUGCUGGAAGAAUUGCGCAAGCAUCCGACCAGGGACGACGCCGCCGAAGCUUGGGACAAGGUCGACAGUAUCUUCGAGCAUCACGCCAUGUUUAUCGACGUAAAGAUCCCGCUGCAUACUGCAGUCUGUACUUUGGCGCUGAGAGCCUGGUUGGCGAGAGAGCAAGCACUCCAAGAGCGAGAUCCACAAUCUGCUCUUCAGGUACCUCCGCGCAUCCUGAGGAUACGUCAGCAAAGGGAAGAAUCGGGCAAUCCUAAUCUAGGAGGGUGGGCGCCGUCGCAGAGCGUGCCCGCACAGCCUAGCCAACAGCCACCGUGGGACUUUCACUCCGGCCCGUUAGGUCAGUCUUUUUCAGAGUCGAUGGCAGACGCUCGAGCGAACGAGUACCUUGCUGCAAACGCUGAUCCAUUGCAAGCGGUUCACGACCAUGCCACCAGCAACGGAGCAGGUCUCGACAGUGAGAUGGACUGGGGGAUGUGGGACUAUUUGAUCAACGACUAUGAGAAUACCGACAUGACAGAGUUUUUAAGCACAGAUAUAUAA